CACAACACGCAGUACAGCGUCCGUUACGAUUAAUUUCGGUAACUGUCGAGGAGUUUGUUUAAAGGGCCAGCAUCGGUUCGAGGCGGAGCAUGUGACAAUUUGUGGAAGAAGAAGAAGAAGAAGAAGAAGAAGACACAGCGGCGCAGCAGCGAGAGGAGGAAGAAGAUCACGUGAAAGAGAUCAACCAUCCGCACGGGGGAUUAGAUUGUCAGAGAGAGAGAGACGCGUGGGGGUUUUCUUUCUUUUUGAGAUCCUCUGUGUUUUCAUCGGCAAGGAAGUCGUCAGACUUGAAUCAAAAAUGAGUCACCGACCGCAGGAUUCUGAAACGACGUUGGGAUUGCAUUCCGCGGCGCCGCCGACGCCCCCUUGUCCGCUGGAAACAGGUCGAGAGGGUGAACAGGUGAAGGUCUGUGUGAGAGGCCAUUGGAGGCCGUCGGAGGAUGCAAAACUCAAGGAACUUGUGACCCAAUUUGGUCCCCAUAACUGGAACUUGAUUGCAGAGAAGCUUCCCGGAAGAUCAGGGAAGAGUUGCAGACUGAGAUGGUUCAACCAACUGGACCCCAAGAUCAACCGAAGAGCCUUCAGUCUGGUGGAAGAAGAAAAGCUGCUUGCUUUCCACAGGGUUUAUGGGAACAAAUGGGCACAUAUUGCGAGGCAUUUCCCAGGGAGAACAGACAAUGCCGUGAAGAACCAGUGGCACGUGAUCAUGGCGAGGAGACAAAGAGCGCAGUGCAGUGGCUACAAGAGCAGGAAAUCCACCAGGGAGAUCAACAUCGUGAGCAGCACUGGAAACCAUGCAUGGAGUGGGGAAUCAUCCAGCGUAUUCAACAACAGGGAUGAAUCUGUCUCCAACUACAGACAACUUCAGUUCUUGUUGGGCUCUGAGGAGAAAUCUGGUGAAUCUGAGAAUGUCUGCUAUGGUGGUCUGGCACAAAUGGGAGAUCAAUUGGGGAACUCUGAUCUUAGUUCCGAAGGUUCUGCCACUGAAUUAGCAACAGUUGUCAAUCACGGUGCUCAUUAUGCACUGUUGCACGGUGAAACUGAAACAGAUGGUGGCAGGAAGGACAAUGUUGUGUUCAUCGAUUUCUUAGGAGUUGGAGCAACAUAAGCAUAAAAGAGAGAGAAAAAAAUGGAAGAAGAUGAAUUCUGAGUCCCGUGAGUUUGAUUCAGGGUUAUGACUGAUGACUACUUGGGUUGCUUAUGUCAGAAACAUUUUUGCAAAAAAUGUUAAUGCUGGAAAUUUGGCAAUGAAAGUGUGGAUUUCUUCGAGUUAAGACUGCAAGU